AAAGACAAGUUCAAGGUAUCUAAGAAGCAUUUGCGGUAGUUAUCUCGACAAGUGCAUGUCUGUCUACCUGUAGUGACUGUCUGUGAUCUAGUGAAGGAUAAGAAUGUACAAGCAAACAGUAGGAUGGGGCCUCUUCGCCCUGCUAGUCAGCAGUUCCAUAGUCAGCACCAUCUCCUACCCCUCAGACGGCGGCUUCGUCCCCGUCCGAACCCCCCAGCUCCCCGCCCAAAGGAUAGAACGUAAGUUCGCCGAAAAACCGAACGCUAUUAAAAAAGUAGCCCUCGAUGAUUUAGAUGACAUCCAAACCAACAACAUCUCCGACAACGGAGGCGGCGGCUUCUCCUGGUCGAACCUUUUAGUUGACUCCUACUUUCCAGGCAUGCUCAUGCAGAUGAUCUUCAACCCGGGCGCCCAACAAGGCCCUAAUAAAUCCGAGGGUUUGGACGACACCGGCGUCGCGCCGUCCCCAUGGGCCAACUUGCUGUCGGUCGGACUCAAGAUCCUCACUGCCAUUCUCGGGGGUGGCGCCGGAGGCGGCGGCGACGGCAUCGACAAAGUGGACAACGGCUCACCCAUGCAGUUUAUCAACAUCGUGGUAAACCUUUUGGAUGCCUUGAAGACGUCGUUCUCGCAUAGAUCGAUGGCGGCGCGAACCAUCGGCAAGAAAGAUUCGAUCAGCGAUGCCGCGGUCGCCGGGAUUGCUAUGAUGAAGGGGUACGUCAGGUCGCUCUCGAGUACCGACAGUACUUGCAUGCAGAAGUACAUGUGUGACGCUAACAGCGAGUGUUCGACGGAUAUCGGACAGAGCUCUCUCUUCUGUCAUCUCGGAAGUUACGCCGCUAGCUUCGUUUUGGAUAGAUCGUCGAGUUCGACCACCUUCGACUUGCUCUACGAAGCCGGAAGGAGAGGCAGGUCCGGAGACAACUGUCGCCAAGCGUAUUUGGAAUGUAACGAAGUUUGAUUUAGCACCCAGUAUACAAACUGCGACGCAAUAAUUUAUUUGUAAAAUAGUAUUUAUUUUUCAUAAUGGCACACGAUUUUAGUCGAAACGAUGGAAAUCAAGGACUGGUCCAUGCUUUGUUAGUGGAUGUGGUUAUUUUUUACUUUGUUUGAGUGGGUGAGUGAACGGGUGAACGCUGCGAGCGAAUGGGGUUCUUGUACAGUAUAAAUUAUAACACGAUUGCAAUAAAGUUUAUUUAUUUAUCAGUGUAACGUUCUUAUUGAAGCCAAAUUUGUGACGAAGAGGUUUCACCAAGUGGAGAAACUGCGCAUGCGGAGGUUUUGUUAAACUUGAAAAUCUUUUGUUAUUUAUACUGUAAUAAAAAUAAAAUGUUUCAGUAUUUAAAAA